AUGGCCAAGGAAAGGAACCUCAAAAAGUCCUUUCAAGAUAGUCUUGAAGAAAUAAAGAAACGAAUGAAAGAGAAAAGGAAUAAAAACUUGGCAGAGAUUGGCAAACGAAAGUCUUUUGUAGUUGCACCGUGUCAAAUAAUCACCAACACUUCUACACUGCUAAAAAACUACCAAGACAACAACAAGAUGUUAGUAUUAGCUUUGGAAAAUGAAAAAUCCAAAGUGAGAGAAGCCCAAGACAUCAUCCUACAGCUGAGAAAAGAAUGUUACUUCCUCACAUAUCAGUUAUACGCACUGAAAGAAAAACUUGCUUCACAACAAACAGAAGAACCUGCUCAGAACCAUGAAGUAAGUUCUUCUGGAAUGAACUCCAAUGAUGACAACUCUGGGGAUUUAUUUGUGAAGGAUUUACCGCAAGCUCCUCUUCAGGAAGAUCACCUUCCAGAACAAGGGGAAUCAUUCCAAAUAGAAGAGCAAAUAUCUACUAUUCCUCAAGACAGGCUGGGAUUUGAUUUGGAUUCAGGUGAAGAUACAUCUACUGAUAAUAUCUUACCCAGAACUGUAUCUCUCCGUCGCAAUUUCAAGAACCAUUUUAACAAUUUAUGCCAAUUCAACACCUUGGAUAAUUUUGAAAUCAGUCAUAUGUCAGAGCAGUCAUCUGGUUUGGGAACAAUUAGAUUUGUAGACCCUCUAGUAAAUCUGCACUUAUCUGAAAAUGUAGAACAAAAUAUUUGUCAGCGGAACAAGGAUCAAAUUAACAUAUCACCAGAACUGACUCACCCCGGAGGAUCUGCUAAAACAAAAGAAAAUAUUUUAGAGUAUAAAUCUGAGCAAACUAAAAAUAAGCAUAGGGAUGCACAAAGAAGAAAACGAGGAGAGAAAAGAAAAGCUGUUAGAAGGAGAAGAUCAAAAUAUGUAUGUAAGUAUAAAGGAACUAUCAGUAAAAAUAAAAAACCUGUUUCCAAGAAAAAGGUGGAUGAUUUUAUGACUUCCAACGAUGCUUACAAUUUUAAUUUGGAAGAAGGUGUUCAUCCUUCUCCUUUCCGACAAAAAGCGAGCAAUGAUUCUAAAAGAGAAGAAGUUACCAAUGUAUCUGAAGUGAGCAGCUAUGAAUCAAGCACUUCAGAAGAUGACUCUGAUGACCUCUAUUUGCCCACUUGCAAAGACAGUCCAAAUCUCACCAGCCAAUCAGAUGGGAGCCCAGUCACCAGGCCUCCGUCUAAAAGAGCACUAAGAUGUAGGGAUGAAAAAGAGAUGGAGAGUUCUCAGCCAACAAAAACUCCUACCGGUACAAUACCUGAAACUCACCAGUCACCUCAUUUUAGCCUGAAGGAUAUCACCAAUGUCCCCUUGCAUACUGAAGUGAACAUGAGAAAACUUUCUCUGUCGCCACAACAGAAGCAAGCAAGCCCAGUAGGGUCUCUGCCUAAGCGGAGGUGCACAGUCAGUGUGAACUAUAAGGAACCUACACUCGUUUCGAAACUAAGAAGAGGAGACCCUUUUACAGAUUUGUGUUUCUUGAAUUCGCCUGUUUUUAAGCAAAAAAAGGAUUCCAGACGCAGUUCCAAAAAAAAAAAAAAGUAUGAAGCAAAUACAGUGA